GGCUGUGGGCGAGUGAGAGUGACACAGCCAGCCCAGGCGGCCGAGAGCAGCUGCCGGGGACGGACAGCAGGAAGGCAGGCGGAGCCCGAGCCGGAGCCAGGAGUGUCAGGCCCAGGCGGUGAGGGCAGCGGCCGCCCCCCAGCAGCAGCAGCAGCCCCCCAGCAGCAGCAGCAGCCCAGCCCCAGCCCCAGCUCCCCGCAGCAGCACCAUGGUCAAGAUCGUGAAUGUCCAGACCAAGGCGUACCCCGACCAGAAGCCCGGCACGAGCGGGCUCCGCAAGAGGGUGCGGGUGUUCCAGGAGAGCCCCCACUACGCCGAGAACUUCAUCCAGAGUAUCCUGGCUACUGUGGAGCCCGGGCAGCGGCCUGACGCCACGCUGGUGGUGGGCGGCGACGGCCGCUUCUACAUGCAGGAGGCCAUCCAGCUCAUCGUGCGCAUAGCCGCGGCCAACGGGAUUGGAAGACUGGUGAUCGGACAGAAUGGCAUACUCUCCACCCCUGCUGUGUCUUGCAUUAUUAGGAAAAUCAAAGCCAUCGGUGGGAUCAUUCUGACAGCCAGCCAUAACCCCGGGGGUCCCAAUGGGGACUUUGGAAUCAAGUUUAAUAUCUCCAAUGGAGGACCAGCUCCUGAAGCCAUCACGGAGAAAAUCUUCCAGAUCAGUAAGACAAUCGAAGAGUAUGCGAUCUGCCCAGACUUGAAAGUCGACCUCAGCGUCCUUGGAAAACAGCAGUUUGACUUGGAGAACAAGUUCAAACCAUUCACAGUGGAAAUUGUGGAUUCAGUGGAAGCUUAUGCCACCAUGUUGAGAAACAUCUUUGACUUCAGUUCCCUAAAGGAGCUGCUCUCAGGCCCCAACCGGCUCAAGAUUCGAAUUGAUGCCAUGCAUGGAGUUGUGGGGCCCUACGUUAAGAAGAUCCUGUGUGAAGAGCUCGGUGCCCCUGCUAAUUCGGCUGUCAACUGCGUCCCCCUGGAGGACUUUGGGGGCCACCACCCCGACCCCAACCUGACCUACGCUUCUGAUCUGGUGGAGACCAUGAAGACCGGCGAGCAUGAUUUUGGGGCUGCCUUUGAUGGAGAUGGGGACCGAAACAUGAUUCUCGGAAAACACGGAUUCUUUGUUAACCCUUCAGACUCUGUGGCUGUCAUUGCUGCCAACAUCUUCAGCAUUCCUUACUUUCAGCAAACGGGAGUUCGGGGCUUUGCCCGCAGCAUGCCCACCAGUGGGGCUCUGGACCGGGUGGCCAACUCUACAAAGAUCACUUUGUAUGAAACUCCAACGGGCUGGAAGUUUUUUGGGAAUCUCAUGGACGCAAACAAACUGUCCCUCUGUGGUGAGGAGAGCUUCGGGACGGGCUCUGACCACAUUCGUGAGAAAGAUGGACUGUGGGCUGUCCUGGCAUGGCUCUCCAUCAUUGCCAACCGCAAACAGAGUGUGGAGGACAUCUUGAAAGAUCACUGGCAAAAGUUUGGGCGGAACUUUUUCACCAGGUAUGAUUAUGAAGAGGUGGAAUCGGAGGGUGCCAACAAGAUGAUGAAGGACCUGGAGGCCCUCAUGUUCGAUCGCUCCUUCGUGGGCAGGAAGUUUACGGUGGGCGACAAGACUUACACCGUGGAGAAAGCAGACAACUUUGAAUAUAGUGACCCGGUAGAUGGGAGCAUCUCAAGAAACCAGGUGGGAGCAAGAUGUGGGUGAGUGUGUGUG